CUUCUUAUUAGCAUCCAGUGAUUGAUGUAUUCUGAACAAAAAGUCAUCUAUAUUCUUAAUAUAAGCUUAUUUCAAAUCCUUUUGUCAAAUUUCUCAACUAAAACUAUACUGUAGCUAAUUUACUUUAUUGGAAACAUUCCACUGUUCCGCUAUCUUUUAUCAGAUCAAGUCAUACAUGGCAUGCUAUUUGGACUGGGAGAUUGCAGUAAGCCUCUUCUUACAACUGCAAAAAUGAUUGAAACCCUGCUACUUCAACAAAUGGCAGUUCUCCUUGAUCAAGUUGAAGAAAUAGCAAUGAGACGAGACUCUUCAAAGAUAGAAAUGCAAGAUAUUGUUUUUGUCAUGAGGAAAGAUAAAGCUAAGCUGACCAGACUUUUGAAUAUUAUAGAUUUCAAAGAUUCGAAGAGUUGGCGUAAUUCUGAGUCAGAGACGGUCGGUGAGGACGGUCACAUCAAGGCGAAACCUCUGAAAAGGAAAGACAAUUGCUUGCAGUUUCUGAAAGCCAUUGGCGUUACAGGCGUAUGUGAUACCUCUGCUGAUGACGAUUAUACGUUAAAGGAAAGACGAGUCAGAAGUGACAUUAUUUCUGAGAACCUCAGCUACAGCAAUGGAGAAUACGGUGAUUUUGUAGCAUCAAGAUCAUUGUCGUUUUUCCGCAAAGACAUUAAGCCGAAGCUGUGGGAUGCGCUGAAGAGAGUCGCACCGGGCCCUAUGUCCAAAUUGAAGGCAAAUACUGAAGACUUCAUCAGUUUCUUGGCUAAAGAAACAAUUGCUAUUGUGAUAGAUUAUGCUCUGCUUGUGCGGCAAGACAAGUCAAUGACUCCUGGAGACCUGUUCAGUAGAGCGAGAGUACUGUAUAAGGUGAACAGAUUGCCAAUUACUCCAGAAGAGAUCAAAGAGGUCAUCCGUCGUUUUUUCUCCAAUCAACUUUCGCCUUUCGGAACUAUCACAAGGUCCACUACCUCUUACCUUGAUAAAAAGCUAAUGGUUUGCUAAGUCGUGUUCCACAGUCGUUCCAGAAGUGUGUCAUACAGAAAUUUGGAAAUCCUGUAACGUAGGACAUUUUCUCUUCGCUUACGCUGAGAUUUGAAUCUUGGAAAUUUUAGUACUAGUUCCUCAUAAUAAUAAGUUACAGCAUUUUAAGUUUUAAUUAACGGAAACAGCUGACUGUAAUAAUGUAUUGUAUAUUUUGUAUAUUUCACUGCUACUGUAUUUUUACAUUAUAGUUUAUAGACGUUUGAAAUA